AUGAUCAAAUCAGGGUCCAGACGAAGAGUCCAGGGUCUUACCGUACAAACUACUACCUAUCCUGGUGACGACAUGAAAACCCGGGGACUAAUAAUCAUGGCUGCUAAAGAAGGGGAAAAUGAAGACAAUGAAGUGCCAAUUAGACAGCGGAAGGCUCAUAAGAAGUCUCGUCUUGGGUGCAAGAACUGCAAACUUAGGAGCGUAAAGCAUCCUUUCCUUAUGCAUGUUUUCAUCGCCCUCGCCUAUCUCCACGACGAACAUCUCAACCCCAACUCAAUAGCAUCUCACCGCACACCUCUCGCCUUUCACUGGUACCAAGCUACAGCGCUCUUCCACCGCCGUUUAGCAACAGCUAGCUCAGUCCAGGACCCUUCAACGCUUCCCAGCUCCGAGCGUGACUCCCUCUGGACGGCGGGGGCACUCCUCGGGGCUGCUUCGUUCGCUCUUCUCGACGUUCAGAGCGUCGAUAAUGUCUGGCCCCUCAAAGAAUCCGAUCCGCUGGACCUGGAUUGGCUGAAGAUGAGCGAUGGGAAGAAAGUCGUAUGGAAUCUAGCUGAUCCGACCCGACAAGAGAGUAUCUUCCAUGAACUACUCGCAGAGAAAACGUCUAUGCCUGAUGGAACAAAAGAAAUUCCUCCCGAUGUCCUCCCCAGUAUAUUCUACAGCGUUUUCAACCUGGAUGCUUCAUCAUCAGCUUCGACCAACCCCUACCACACCGCUGCAUCUCUUCUCGCGCAACUCCUCCCUCACGAGAUAACUGAUAACACAGUAAUACAGUUCCUCAGCUUUCUGACACAGCUGGAUCCGCGCUUUCGAAAGCUGCUGGAGGGAAAAGAUCCCAGGGCCAUGGUUUUGCUGGCGUGGUGGUAUACAAAGGCAGCGGUACACAGUUCGUGGUGGAUGCAGAGACGUUCGUUGGUGGAGGGACAGGCGAUUUGCAUUUACCUGGAAAGGUAUUGUACAGACGUCGAGGGGAUUUGUGAGUUGGUCAAGUUCCCGAAGAGGGUCUUUGAGAUUUGUCGAAGUAACGGGGGUACAGCUUCAGAAGAAAGGGGUGCGUCAGUACUGGGAGGUUAG